AUGGCAAUCAACAUCUUUUUGAAUGGAGAGGUUCUUUAUAAGAGGACACCCGAUUUGGGAUUACUGAGAUGUGUGGAUGCUGCAGAAGCCACAAAAUUGCUUGAAGAAGUGCACGCUGGAGUGUGUGGGAUGCACAUGAAUGGGUUUACAUUAGCAAAGAAAAUCUCAAUGGAGGGAUAUUUCUGGAUGACUAUGGAAAAUGAUUGUGGUCGAUUUGUCCAAAAAUGUCAUAAAUGCCAGCCGGCUGCCUCAAAUGGUCAUAGGUUCAUUUUGGUCGCCAUUGAUUAUUUCACAAAGUGGGUCGAAGCUACUUCCUACAAAGCUGUGACGAAGAAAGUUGUGGACGAUUUUGUCCGCAACAAUUUGAUAUGUCGUUUUGGAGUUCCAGAGUCUAUCAUCACAGACAAUGGAGCAAAUCUGAAUAGUCACUUGAUGAAAGAGAUAUGUGAACAAUUCAAAAUUACCCACCGUAAUUCAACUGCAUAUCGUCCUCAGAUGAAUGGAGCUGUGGAAGCUGCUAAUAAUAAUAUCAAGAGGAUACUGAGAAAGAUGAUUGACAACUACAAAUGUUGGUAUGAAAAUUUGCCUUACGCUUUGCUAGGUUACCGCACCACAAUCCGAACCUCAACUGGAGCAACUCCUUAUCUAUUGGUAUAUGGAACAGAAGCAGUGAUACCAGCUGAAGUUGAGAUACCAUCUUUAACGAUUAUUCAGGAAGCUGGAUUGAGUGAUGUCGAGUGGUCGUAUCAACAGAGAAUGACUCGCGCUUUCAACAAGAAAGUAAGAGUUCGAACAUUUGAGGUAGGCCAAUUGGUGUUGAAACGCAUUUUCCCUCAUCAAGAGGAAUAUAAAGGGAAAUUUGCACCUAACUGGCAAGGACCGUAUAUUGUCCACAAAGUACUAUCAAGAGGAGCCUUGGUUCUAGCGGAGAUGGACGGUCAGGUGUGGCGCAAAGCCAUCAAUUCAGAUGCCGUUAAGAGAUACUAUGUGUGA